GCACGAGUUGGAAGAGAACAUCAAACAUGGAAGUACAACCCCACCAUGGGGAUCUAUUUUAUAAACCGGUUUCUGAAUGUUCUUGGUGUGGGCAUGGAAGCAUAAAUUCAGACCACAACACUUUCUCUCUCUCUCUCUCUCUCUCUCUCUCUAGGAAGCAGGACCAGCUGUUGAAGACUUUAAGUUGUUAGUUGUUGACAAUUUGAAAACGAGAAGGCAGUGAACAAACUUUGAGUUCUUCUCUCAGUAGUUCUUCUCUUCAAAGUCACAAAAUUCUGUUUUAGUUAUGGCCAAUGAUCCAUUUUUUGAAGCUCACCACAGAACAAGACAACAACAACACCAAUGCAUGAUGAUGAUACAACAACCAAACAAUGAUGAUGAUGUUGUCCCAGAACACACAUGUGCACAACAACAACAACAAGAGCAACAAAACCAAUCUCCAAAAUUGGCUGCUUCUUCCACUUCCCAAAAUGCUACACCUGUGCUACCUGCUUUUGUUGCCUUGCUGCUCCUUGUUACUUCAAUUGCCCCAGCAGCACUCUGCCACCCUUUGCAAGGUAGUAACCACACUUUUAGGCCAAAUCAUGAGUUGCUCAAGUUGAGGAGAGUCAGAGCACACUUGAAGAAAAUCAACAAGCCUUCUGUCAAGACAAUUCAGAGUCCAGAUGGUGAUUUGAUAGAUUGUGUUUUAUCUCACCAACAACAUGCUUUUGACCAUCCUAAGCUUAGAGGCCACAUAGUAUUGGAUCCACCAGAGAGGCCAAAGGGGAACCACACCAAUGGUGAAGCUGAAAGGGUAAUUGAGAGCUUUCAGCUGUGGAGUGAUUCUGGUGAAGCAUGCCCAGAAGGAACUGUUCCAAUCAGAAGAACUACAGAAGAGGAUAUUCUCAGAGCAAGUUCUAUCCAAAGAUUUGGAAGAAAACCAAGACCUGUACGGAGAGACUCUACUGGCAGUGGUCACGAGCAUGCAGUAGUUUUUGUAAAUGGGGAUCAAUAUUAUGGAGCAAAAGCUAGCAUAAACGUGUGGGCACCCCGUGUAACUGAUGAAUUUGAAUUCAGUUUGUCACAAAUGUGGGUUAUUGCUGGCUCCUUUGGUAAAGAUCUCAACACCAUAGAAGCUGGUUGGCAGGUAAGUCCACAACUAUAUGGAGACAACUAUCCAAGGUUCUUCACUUAUUGGACUACUGAUGCAUAUCAAACAACUGGGUGCUACAACUUACUCUGUUCAGGCUUUAUCCAAAUCAACAAUAGGAUAGCAAUAGGUGCAGCAAUUUCGCCAAGAUCCGCUUUCAACAGAAGACAAUUUGAUAUUGGCUUAAUGAUUUGGAAGGAUCCAAAGCAUGGACACUGGUGGCUGGAAUUCGGGUCAGGACUACUAGUUGGGUACUGGCCAGCAAACAUGUUCAGUCACUUGAGGAACCAUGCGAGCAUGGUGCAAUUUGGAGGAGAAAUUGUGAACACUCGUUCAAGGGGUUACCACACUGACACCCAAAUGGGGAGUGGCCAUUUUGCUGAAGAAGGGUUUAGAAAAUCAGCAUAUUUUAGAAACUUACAAGUGGUUGAUUGGGACAAUAGCUUGCUUCCUCUUAGAAAUAUUCACCUUUUGGCUGAUCAUUCCAACUGCUAUAACAUAUGGCAGGGAACCAACAAUGUUUGGGGGACUUACUUUUACUAUGGAGGGCCUGGAAGGAAUGUGAGAUGCCCUUGAACAAAAUACCACCCCAAUAGAGAUUAUUUUUAGAGGCUUUUUCCUAUUACAUGAAUCUCCACUUUGUUCCAUUUUUUCUUGUUGAAUUAUUAAUUUGGUUCUUAUAUUUGUCUCUGUAUUUAUUGCUUUGGCUCUAUACGUAAAAAUUGUAACUUUUAGUCUUUAGAUGAGUAAAUUUAAUGUAGGAAAAAUGCGUUUAUGUUUCCUGUA